UACAGCCAAAGCCCAAAAGGGCUCAAAACAACAUAAAAACAUAUUAAACAGAAGCCCAUUAAAGGUAAGCCCAACACCGAAAUCAACCCGACACGUCAAAAACACGUGUUUACCCCUCAACUGCGAGACAAACACGUGUCACCAUAACCCUACUCCUUUUCCACCGCCGAAACCAAGCGGCGUUUCACCGGAAUCCCCCUGGUUCACAUGCAUCUUCCACGGCCGUGCUCUUUUCUUCGGAGAGCUUUCAUCGAUCAACAUCGAUAUCUCAUCCAGAGCCACGAAGCCGGCAGACACAGGAUUAAGAAAUCCGAACCUCCAUCUCGUUUGCCUUCCACGCCUUAUUUUCAUUCUUGGAGAGCAUCAAUCGAUCUAUUCGAGAUCUCAUCCAAGAAAGCCAAUCCGACAAACCAGAACACCGUAACAGAUAACCCACCGUGAAUAAAGAUCAAAAUCCAAAAGCCGGCGACGCAAGGUUUUGAAAGCCUCCACCCCCCGGAAUCUUAGCCGGCGACGACGAAACUAACAGAGCUUCCUCAUCCCAAAGUCAGAACAAAGACAUGCACAGCGAAAAAACGGAAAAAAAAAACACAAAAAUCGGACCGGCGGUGGCUGUGGAAGCCCACUCUGCCGACCGAAGAACACUAUUUGCGAUGGUGAUAAAACUAGAGAGAAGGAAGAGUGUUUUCUCUCUCUCCUAGACUUUAUCCACGAGUAGUAAAUUACCUUAUCGCUGUCAGUCGACAAUGAAAAGAAAAAGAAUCAAGUAAAUACGAAAAUAGAAAAAUUGAGGGGAAAAGUGGAUAGUCGUGAGGGACCCACAGAUGGAAAGAGAAUAACUCGGUCGUCCGGUCCAUUCGUCACCGUCCGAUGUGUUAUUUUAUUUCAUCUCUCACCUUUGACCACAUCUCUUUGCUCUCUUGGUAGUAGGAAAGAAGAGCUCUGUACUUGUUGUUAUCUCUCUGCCUCCUCUUUUUAUCUCCAUAGGAUCUCUUCCUCUGUUGCUAGCUAGUUUUUGCGAUGGCUGCUGGAAACGAAGUCAACCUUAACGAAUGCAAGAGAAUAGUCCCACUCAACACAUGGGUCCUCAUUUCCAACUUCAAGCUCGCUUACACCCUCCUCCGCCGUCCCGACGGCUCCUUCAACCGUCACCUCGCCGAGUUUCUCGACCGCAAAGUUCCCCCCAACUCUUUCCCCCUCGAUGGCGUCUUCUCCUUCGACCACCUCGACUCCUCCACCAACCUCCUCACCAGAAUCUACCUCCCAGCUCCCCUCGACCCCUCCCGCUACGGCGCCGUCGACCUCACAGAGCCUCUCAGCACCACAGAGAUCGUCCCCGUUCUCGUCUUCUUCCACGGAGGUAGCUUCACUCACUCCUCCGUCAACAGCGCCAUCUACGACACUCUCUGCCGACGGUUAGUGACCAUAUGCGGCGUUGUUGUUGUCUCCGUUGAUUACCGGAGGUCGCCGGAGCAUCGUUACCCUUGUGCUUACGACGACGGAUGGAACGCUCUCAAAUGGGUCAAAUCCAGAAUCUGGCUUCGGAGUGGUAAAGACUCCGAUGUUUAUGUUUACUUGGCUGGUGACAGCUCUGGAGGCAACAUAGCUCAUAAUGUUGUUGUCAGGGCGACCAACGAAGGAGUUAAAGUGUUGGGGAACAUUCUUCUUCACCCUAUGUUUGGUGGGGUAGAGAGGACUCAGUCUGAGAAGAGACUUGACGGUAAAUACUUUGUUACUGUUCAAGAUCGAGAUUGGUAUUGGAGGGCUUUUUUACCUCAGGGUGAAGAUAGAGAUCAUCCAGCUUGUAAUCCCUUUGGUCCUCGAGGUCGAUGCCUUGAAGGAGUCAAGUUUCCCAAAAGUCUUGUCGUUGUGGCUGGUUUAGAUCUUGUUCAGGAUUGGCAAUUGGCUUAUGUCGAUGGGCUUAAGAAGAGUGGUCAGGAUGUUAACCUUUUGUAUUUGAAGCAGGCUACCAUUGGGUUUUACUUCUUGCCUAACAAUGAUCACUUCCGUUGUCUUAUGGACGAGUUGAAAAAGUUUGUGCACUCCAUAGAGGAUGAUAGUCUAAGCAAGUCAAGUCCUAUUCUUCUGACUCCAUAGCAACAUGAAUAUAUGUCUGCUCUAUGUUGAUGUUCUAUACAUGAAGAGAAGAAGAAGAGGAUUGGAUUUUGAGUAAGCUAUUGUGUAGUGCUCACUGCUUAGUCACGUUUUUUGUGUCUUCAUUAGUCUACUGAAGCAUCAUAUGUCCGGCUUAUUGUGAGAUUUUGUUGGUUGCGCCGGAUGCAAAAACCAAUUCUGUUAUCGGCAUGUAUCGGUUUAGGGAUAAACCGGAAAAUGGUACUUUGCUUGGUAGUAUAGGAGAUAGUCUUUAGUUGGCUCUUGAGUACAUUGGGUAAAACUUGUCCUUGGCGUGGAUUUGUAUGUUUAUAUUAACCUUUUUGUCUUCCAUGCUUUUAAUAAAAAGAGCAUGUCUUUGUGGUUCUA